AUGCCCGGCCGUCUCAUCCCCAACUUCGUUCGGGGCUCGGCCUCCCUCCACUCCUCGGUGGCCUCGACCCCCAUCCACUCCAAUUCCUCGUCGACGGCCUCGGUCAACGAGAUCCCCGGCCACCAUGCCCCGCCCAAAAAGUCCGUCGACCGCGCCAGGUCCCCGGAGCGUCGCCUGUCCUUCAACAUGGACUCGCUGAUCCACCCGCACCGCAACCUCAGCAAGGACAAGGAGAAGCGCCGCAGCCUGGGCCGCGCGGCCCGCUCCAAGGAACGUUCCAGCAAGGAAAGCCUGGUCGUCCCAUCGGCCAAGCUCGAGGCUCUCGUGGAGUCGCCGCCGCUCACCUGCUACGGCACGCCGGCCAAUUCCACCGGCGCUCUGUUUUCAGGCCGUUUGCGGGUGGUGGUCACCGAGGUGGCCAAGGAGAUCAAGCUCGACCAGUUUGAUAUGCGCCUCGUCUCCAAGACCAGCACCAAGAAGCCCGUCUCCAACAACUGCCCCAACUGCCUCUCGCGCGUCGACGAGCUGACCCGCUGGAACUUCCUGACCGAGUCUCUGCCGCUCAAGACCGGCACCCAUGAUUUCCCCUUCAGCUACCUGUUCCCGGGCCACCUCCCGGCCUCUUGCAAUGGAUCGCUGGGCCAGAUCGAGUAUUUCCUCGAGGCGUCGGCCAAGAGCAACGCCGGCGAGGAAUUCUCGCUCCGACUCCCACUGAACGUCCUCGUCCAUCCGCAUCUUCCCCCCACCAACCUCACCGGCCGCAUUGUGCUCCCCUCUGUCGUCCACCCCAUCGGCAAAUUCCCCGUCGAGAUGACCCUGAGCGGGGUGGUGGACAAGAACGAGGAAACCCAAACCCGCUGGCGCCUGCGCAAGAUGAUGUGGCGCAUCGAAGAGCACCAGAAGAUCGUGUCGACCGCCUGCCAGAAGCACGCCCACAAGAUCGGCGGCGAGGGCAAGGGCGUGUUGCACCAGGAGACCCGCAUCAUCGGCCACAACGAAGAGAAGAGCGGGUGGAAGACCGACUUUGACACCGCCGGCGGUGAGAUCGGCAUGCAGUUCGACGCCAGUAUCAACCCGACUACUAACCCCGUGUGCGACAUGGAUGCCCCCGGCGGGCUGGAGGUGAAGCACAACCUCGUCAUCGAGCUCAUUGUCGCCGAGGAGUUCUGCCCGAACCGCAACACCCGUCUCAUCACCCCCACCGGCGCGGCCCGCGUGCUGCGCAUGCAGUUCAACUUGCACGUCACCGAGCGCAGCGGUCUCGGCAUCAGCUGGGACGAGGAGAUGCCCCCGGUCUACGAGGAUGUUCCCGCCAGCCCGCCGGGCUACUUCAAGCUUGGCGGCGACGGCGCCAGCUCGAUCGAGGACUACAACGGCUCCCCACUGCCGCUCCCCGACUACGUGGAGCUGGAGCGUAUGGAGUCAGUGCGUCUCGACAGCGACUCCACCCACUCCUCCAACUCAUCCGGUAGCGGCGGCAACCGUGUCCGCCGUUUCCCCGGUUUCACUGCCGAAGACUUCAUCACUGGCAACUCUCCCGAACCGUCUCCUCUCCCAUCUGCCGUACCCUCUCGCGCUCCAUCCAUCGACGCCGGUAGCACGGCAUGA